UGUUUGCAUCAAAAUGGUUCGUACUUCAAUUAUCAUGCUUCUGGCCAUUACCUACAUCGACGACAAACUACGUUCUCUCGUAAGAGGGGCAGUCGUUUACCCAUCAUUGCAAUGGAACUACCGGAAUCCUAAAUUUCAAGAGGGAAGCUUGCAUUUCAGUGUUCUGCCAGGAUCAAAACUAAACAUCAUAUGCCCUCAUGUAGCAGUAUCCUUUGUAGAUACAGAUGAUACAGAUAGUAUGCUUUACUAUGAAAACAUUUGGCAAGUGGACAACACAAGCUAUCAGACUUGUAAUGUUAAUACUAGCAUAGCUGAGAACAAGAUUGUCCUAAAGUGUGCUGAUCCCCGCAAGAUGCAUUUUACAACGAUAGUCUUUCAGCGUUUCAGUGCCGCUAAUUCCCAUAGAUUUGAGCCAGGAAGGACCUAUUAUUUUGUUUGUAAGUGUGUUACCUUUUUACUGCUUCUUGUAACUGUCCAGUUUGUAGUUUUUCUGCAAAGGGCUUUUGUUAGUAAUGAUCUCGAGAUGUGGUCCUAUCAGAAUUAAGGAAUCACGUGUACUCCUGGUAACUUUGCAUGGUCAAUUUAUUGGUUGAUAUGUGUAUUAAUAGAUAGUUGAUCAUCAUUAUUGCAUAAUAAUGUUGAAUGGGAUUUAACAUUACAUUAGUUAACAACUAGGAGCCAAUCUGGUCAGUAGCAUUUUGCUAGCACACUGUUAGCAUAUUACUAUCCUUCUGUUAGUAUUUGCACUGUGUUUGUGUGCAUUCUGUAGCAUUUGCAGCAACCAGGUGGUUGUUGGUAGCCUGGGGCAGUCCUUGUCCAGCAGUUCUCCUCAUCAGUGCAUGUGAUGUUCUCCCAUGUGCUUGCAUUCUGUUGGCUGUGCUAUUAUAAUAGUGUGGCAUUGUCAUCCUUGAGGAUAGCUUCUCGAUGUUCCUUAAUCCCUCCCAUUCCCGAAUGAUUUUUUUUGCUUAAGGAUUUUUAUCUGGCUAUAUAUUUAUCCACUCAUUUAUUUAUUUGUUUUUUUUUUUCUUCCACUAAGCUUUCAGGCUCUAGUUUGAUGGGUGCUUGUCAGGGGCUUAGGGUGGGGUUUUCAUGGCUGAGUUGUGGGUUGGGCACGCCAACCUAUUAGACUGCCUUUAGACUGCAUGAUCCAUCUUUUCUACCCUUGCCUGGACAUGCAAUCGCACUGCAUGAUAUUAAUCUCAGGCUCAAACUUUUUAUGUCAUGUGUUAUGCUUGUGGAGCUUUCAAGUCUCAUGCGUUGAGCAUGAGACUUGUGCAAAUAAAUACACUCUGACAAUGAGGCCAUUAUUUCUCACUCAUUUAAGGUUUCAGAUUUC